AUGGGCCUCCCGAGGGUCGCCAUCGUCGGCAGGCCAAACGUCGGCAAGUCCGCGCUGUUCAACCGCCUGACCGGGACGAAGCGCGCGAUCGUGUACGACCAGCCCGGGAUCACGCGCGACCGGAUGUACGUCCGAGCGUUCUGGGGCGACUCGGAGUUCAUGAUGGUGGACACCGGAGGGUUGGAGUCGCUCCCGGGGAACCCGGGCGCGGCGCCCUCCGUGGACGCCGUCGGCGGGUUCGAGAUCCUCCCGGGGAUGAUCGAGUCCCAGGCUGCGCUCGCGGUGCGCGAGGCGGCGAGCCUGGUCAUGGUCGUGGACGGACAGACCGGAUUGACGACCGCGGACGUAGACAUCUACAGGUGGAUUCGAAAGAACCACGCGGACAAGCCUCUGGUGCUCGCGGUGAACAAGUGCGAGUCCACGACGAGAGGGGAGGAACAAGUUUUGGAUUUCUGGUCGUUGGGCGGCGUGACCCCGCUCGCGGUGAGCGCGAUAUCCGGCACCGGGACCGGGGACAUGAUGGACCAGCUGUGCGCGACGCUUCCGGCGGUGAACGCGGACGACGAGAAGGAGUCGGGCGAGGAAGUCGCGGAGCCGCUCAAGGUGGCCAUCGUGGGAAGGCCCAACGUCGGAAAGAGCUCUCUUCUGAAUCAACUCUCCGGCGACGCGCGCGCCAUCGUGAGCGAUCACAGCGGCACGACGCGAGACACGAUCGACAGCGACGUCACGGACGCGGACGGAAACAAGUUCACGCUCAUCGACACCGCGGGCAUUCGGCGCAGAACCGCGGUGGCCGCGGGGAAGGACAAACCCGAGGAGCUCUCCGUCGGCCGCGCGUUGCAGGCGAUGCGUCGAGCGGAGGUGGUGGUCCUCGUGAUCGACGCCGAGGAAGGGCCGUCGCAGCAGGACUUCGUGCUCGCGGAACGCGCCGCGCUCACGGAGGGGUGCGCGCUCGUGUUGUGCGUGAACAAGUGGGACGUGAUCGACAAGAACUCGUACUCGAUGAACGAGUACACCAAGUCGCUGCGGUCGAAACUGCGCGUGUUCGAGUGGGCGUCGGUGGUGUACGUCUCCGCGUUGACGGGGCAACGCGUCCAGAAAGUUCUCGCUGCGGCCGUGGAGGCGUCCACGCAUCACAGGAAGCGUCUCAGCACCGCGACGUUGAACGCGGUCGUGCAGGAGGCGACGCUGUGGAAGAGUCCGCCGAGCCGCGGCGGGAGGAAGGGGAAGGUUUAUUACGUCACGCAGGCGUCCACGCGGCCGCCGACCUUUGUCUUUUUCUGCAACGACCCGAAGUUGUUCGUGGAAACGUACCGACGGUACAUGGAGCGGUCGCUGAGGGAGAACAUCGGGUUCCCGGGGACGCCCGUGCGGAUAUUGUGGCGCGGGAAGGGCGUCUCGGGGCGCAAGUGA